AUGCGCAGUCAGCCCCGCCGGAACCUGUGCGCUCGAGGCGGCGCUGUUUCCCGGACCUCGCUGGGCGGGCGGACUCCGGGCGGGCCGUGCGGGCGGAAGUGGCGACGACUGCGGGCCGAACCGGGCCGAGCGGCGGCGGGACGGGCCGAGCUGGAGGGCGCGGGGGAGCGGGGCUCGGGCGCGGCCCGUGUCCAGGGCGAGCGCGCCGCGGGGGCCCCUCCGGCAGCCGGGGCGGCGGCGGCGGCGGCGGGGGAGCGCGGCGGGGAUGCAGCGCCGAGUCGGACCGCGGCCGGGGCCGGGGCUGGGGCCGGGCCGGGGGCCGGGCCUGCAGCUGGGCCGGGAGCUGGGCCCGGAGCUGGAGCGGGGCCGGGGGCCGGGCCGUCCUCGGCCUUGUUCGCGGGGCUCCAGGACCUGGGAGUGGCCAACGGCGAGGACCUCAAGGAGACGCUGACCAACUGCACCGAGCCACUCAAGGCCAUCGAGCAGUUCCAGACAGAGAACGGCGUGCUCCUGCCCUCGCUGCAGUCGGCCUUGCCCUUCUUGGACCUGCACGGGACCCCGCGGCUCGAGUUCCAUCAGUCCGUGUUCGAUGAGCUUCGAGACAAGCUGCUGGAGCGCGUAUCUGCCAUCGCAGCCGAGGGGAAAGCCGAAGAGAGGUACAAGAAGCUGGAGGACCUGCUGGAGAAGAGCUUCUCCUUGGUCCGGAUGCCGUCGCUGCAGCCCGUGGUGAUGUGCGUCAUGAAGCACUUGCCCAAGGUUCCCGAGAAGAAGCUGAAGCUGGUGAUGGCCGACAAGGAGCUGUACCGCGCCUGUGCCGUGGAGGUGAAGCGGCAGAUCUGGCAGGACAACCAGGCGCUGUUUGGUGACGAGGUCUCGCCGCUGCUGAAGCAAUACAUCCUAGAGAAGGAGAGCGCGCUCUUCAGCACUGACCUCUCAGUGCUGCACAACUUCUUCAGCCCAUCCCCCCGGACCCGGCGCCAGGGUGAGGUGGUGCAGAAGCUGACACAGAUGGUGGGGCGGAGCGUGAAGCUCUACGACAUGGUGCUGCAGUUCCUGCGCACCCUCUUCCUGCGUACGCGCAACGUGCACUACUGCACCCUGAGAGCCGAGCUGCUUAUGUCCCUGCACGACCUGGAUGUGGGCGACAUCUGCUCUGUGGACCCCUGCCACAAGUUCACCUGGUGCCUGGAUGCCUGUAUCAGGGAGCGCUUUGUGGAUAGCAAGAGAGCCCGUGAGCUGCAGGGUUUCCUGGACGGGGUGAAGAAGGGCCAGGAGCAGGUCCUCGGAGACCUGUCUAUGAUCCUGUGUGACCCCUUUGCCAUCAACACCUUGUCUCUGAGCACAGUGCGACAUCUGCAGGAGCUAGUGGGCCAGGAGACACUGCCCAGGGACAGCCCUGACCUGCUCCUGCUACUCCGGCUGCUGGCUCUGGGCCAGGGCGCCUGGGACAUGAUUGACAGCCAAGUUUUUAAGGAGCCCAAGAUGGAGGUGGAGCUCAUCACGCGGUUCCUGCCUAUGCUCAUGUCCUUCGUGGUGGAUGACCACACCUUCAACCUAGACCAGAAACUGCCCAUGGACGAGAAGGCCCCAGCAACCUAUCCGAGUGUGCUUCCUCAGGCCUUCACCAAGUUCCUGCAGGAGCAGCGCAUGGCCUGCGAGGUGGGGCUGUACUAUGUGCUGCACUUCACCAAGCAGAGGAACAAGAAUGCGCUGCUGCGGCUGCUGCCUGGCCUGGCGGAGACCUUUGGUGACCUGGCAUUCGGGGAUAUCUUCCUGCACCUGCUCACUGGGAGCCUGGCCCUGCUGGCUGAAGAGUUUGCCCUAGAGGAUUUCUGCAACAGCGUCUUCGAUGGCUUCCUCCUCACUGCCUGCCCAAGGAAGGAAAGUGUCCAGCGACACGCCCUGCGGCUCCUCGUCCACCUGCAUCAACGUAUUACCCGCUCCAAGCUGGAGGCUCUGCACAAAGCCCUGGAGCCCACUGGCCAGAGCGGUGAGGCCGUGAAGGAGCUGUACUCACAGCUCGCCGAGAAACUAGGCCAGCUGGACCACCGGAAGGCUAGCCCCGCACCUGCUGCCGAGACGCCCACCCUGGACCUGCCACUGCCUGCUGUGCCUGCCCCAGCUGCGCUCUGAGGCUCCCCUCCUCUGGGGUGCCCAAGCCCCAUGCCCUGGCUGGCCAGGAGCCGUCCCCUCUUCCCUGCAGCCUUGCUUACUGCCUCCUGGGUCUGUGUUAUCCUGGGCAGCCUGAGCAGUGAGGGAGGCUCCCUGGCUCCAGGCACAGCCCUCUGCCCUCAUCCUCCUGAGCUGGGUGGGCAGGAUCCCAAUCCCCGGGUUGGAGGGAGGCUGUUGUCUGCUCUGGGGUCUGCAGAGGAGGGAUUGGUACAGACCCUGAGAUGAGGGGACACCCACCUGUGUAAAUAAAGGCCUUUAGAUAAA